AUGCAUGAUAGAAUAGAAGAAUUGGGCAAGAAUAUUGUUCAGCGGUCGCACCCUCGUGAGCCAAACAAACAUAGCCGACUCUGGAUUCGCGAGGAAAUUGAAGAAUUAUUCACAGAUAAUGUGGGUACUGAAGCGUCAACAUGUACUGGACUGGAGCUGGAGCUGACCGAAGUGAGUCCUGAAAUUAUUAUAAAAGGCCUUGGAAACCUGAAGAAACUUAGAUAUCUUUUUCUUACUGGGAGUGACGAUGACCGCUUCCCUAGUGACUGGAAGUUUGACAAGGAAAAACAGUACUUUCCGAAUUCGUUGCAGUUAUUGAAUUGGAAUGGUUACCCUGGUCCGUUUUUACCCCAAACAUUUCAAGCAAAUAAUCUUGUUGCACUUCAAUUGCCUGAUAGCAGAAUCGUGCAACUUUGGGAAGGAAGAGAAAGAAAGGUUCUUAAGAAGCUCAAGUUCCUAGACCUUAGUUGUUCAAAGGUGAGGACUUUUGACUUUGGGAUGACUCCGAAUCAUGAGAGGUUAGAGCUUAGAGGAUGUCAUGAUUUGAUACAACUUCAUGUGCCCCCUGGAUGUCUAAAAAGGCUUGUCUACUUAGAUUUACUUUGGUGCUCAUUGUCUGUAUCUUUUUCGUUUAUCAAACAAUUGGAAUCACUUGAGCUUCUUAGUUUACCUGCCUUAUUGGUGUCUGCGGUGUGCUUGGAGGAAUUCCCAAGGUACUCCCGCAACAAACUGCCAAAGCUACGGUUCAUAUUUGAUUAUUCUAAAGACCAAUCUUCAUCAAAUGAAACUAGUCUCGAGUGUGUCUUACUAGAUCUCCAGCCUUGCACAAAGCUUGAGAGUGUUUCAGAAAGCAUUUGUGGUUUACAACACAUAAGGCGCCUUACAUUGGAUGGCUGUAUUCCAGAGGUGCCCAAGGACAUUGACCAGUUGAAAUGCUUAGAAGAGCUAACUUUGUACUCUACACAUGUCAUAUGUCUUCCGGAUAGUGUUUGUAUGUUGAAACAUCUAAAAUCUCUCAAACUUAAAGAUUGCCGGUAUCUUGAAGAGUUACCAGAGAAUCUUGGUUUGUUAGAACAUUUAGAGGAACUGAGUUUGUCGUCUACAAGUAUUAGACAUCUUCCAGAUAGCAUAUGUAUGUUGAAACAGCUAUUAUCUCUCAAACUUAAAUCCUGUCUGCUUCUUCAAGAGUUACCCAAUGAUCUUGGCCAGUUAGAUUGUUUGGAGAAGCUAAAUUUGUUGUCUACAGGUAUUAGAAGUCUUCCAGAUACCAUUUGCAUGCUAAAACAUCUGCAAUAUCUUAACCUUGAAUCUUGUCAGCUUCUUGAGAAGUUACCAGAGGAUAUUGGGCAAUUAGAAUGUUUAGAGGAGCUGAACCUGAAAAAAUGUGCAUCUUUAGAAGAUAUUCCAAACAGCAUCUGUAAGAUGAAAUGUUUGAGAUAUUUCUAUCUCCCUUUUUGUAGUCGAGUCCAGAAAUUGCCAGAGGAACUUGGAAGUUUAGAGUGUUUAGAAGAGUUGGAUAUAAACUGUACAGGAAUAAAUCAUCUUCCACGUAGCAUUUUUUUGUUGAAAGAUCUGCAUAUUGUUGGAUCUGAGUCACUUCUUCAGUCUUAUGCUUUAGCAACUGCUACCUCAGAAACUGAAACCUUCACAGCCUUGGAUAACACAGGUGCCAAGACCAAGACGGGAUUAAGGAACCAAUUCACAGAGAACUAUUGCAACAGGUAUUUCCUCUGUUUUUCAUAA